AUGAAUUCUACUAGUGCUAGCAACAGCAACACACCCACUCCUACGCCACCUACUAGAGAAUCCACUCCAAGUUCUUCGAUACCAAAAGGCAUUAAUAGAGGAAAAUCUGAUCCGGCAUGGGCACAUUGCAAGGAAGUGCCGUCAGCAAGUGGAAGGAAGGGGCUGCUAUGCUUGUAUUGCUCAAAAGUUCUCUCCGGUGAUGGUAUAAUUCGGUUUAAACAACAUUUGGCGGGAUUAAAAGGGAAUGCAGAGGCAUGUCGGAAGGUACCAAAUGCUGUUCGAUUUAGAAUGCAGGAAUGUUUGGUAGGGCACAUGAUGGAAAAGAAAAGGAAGCGCGAUAUGUUAGAUGAGCAAAAUCCAUAUGCUCCACUCUCCGAGCAUGAUGAGGAGAUAGUAGAAAUGACACCUCUCCAUUCAAAAGCAAAAGGGAAGGCAACUCAAGAUACCCAAUCAAAGGCAGCGCCGUCAAACAAGAUGAAAAUUAAUUCAUACUUCGAACCGAGAACAACACCGGGAGCUCAAAGGACACUCAAGAGUGUUUUGCAAAGCAAAGAAGUCACCGAGAAGUGUGAUCUUGCCAUUUCUAAGUGGAUGUUGGCUACAAGUAUACCGUUUAAUACGGUUAAUUCUCCUUAUUACCAACAAGCAAUCGAUGCCAUUGCUAGCAUGGGGGCAGGUUAUAAAGGUCCGGGCUUUCAUGAUCUUCGAGGAUACUUAUUGACAAAAAAUGUUGAGGAGAUGAGAAAGUAUGUUGAUAGUUACCGAACUACUUGGAAAGAGACGGGUUGCACGAUAAUGGCGGACGGAUGGACAGACCAAUGCAGGAGAACUUUGAUUCAUUUUUUGGUUUAUUGUCCUAAGGGAACUGUUUUCUUGAAGUCUGUCGAUACUUCAGAUGCUUCGAAGACUGGAGAGAUGCUUUACAAAUUAUUCAGAGAGGUGGUCUUAUUUGUUGGUCAAGAGAACGUCAUUCACUUUGUGACUGACAAUGCCGCUAACUACGUGGCUGUUGGUCGCUUGUUGGAGCAGGAGUUCAGGACAAUAUUUUGGUCUCCUUGUGCGGCUCAUUGCAUUAACUUAAUUCUCAGUGAUAUUGGUAAAUUGGACGAGGUGAAUGAUAUUGUGACUCAUGCUUCGAAGAUUACUAAGUAUAUCUAUAAUCAUUGCUUUGCAUUGAAUUUGAUGAGAAAAUUCACUGGUGGACGAGAAAUUCUACGCCCUGCUCCAACUCGUUUUGCUACUAAUUUCAUUGCAUUGCAGAGUAUUUUGACACAACAGAAUGCUCUGAGGGCUAUGAUUAGUGAGCCUCUUAUUCGUGUGUUACGUAUUGUUGAUAGCGAUGAAAGGCCUGCUCUGGGAUUUUUGCUUGAAACAAUGUACAAAGCUAGGGAAGAGAUGUUGAAAAGAUUCAAUAAGAGAAAGAAGAAGAUUGAGUCAUAUAUCAACAUUCUUGAUGCUCGAUGGGAUAGGCAACUGCACAAGAACUUGCAUGCAGCUGGGUAUUGGUUGAAUCCCAAAUAUCAAUAUGACUUGACCGAGAUGGAGAAGAAUAGAGGAACGGUUUCCGGUUUGCUAGAUGUCAUAGAGAGAUACUCUUAUGGGAAGCCCUCAUUGCAGACAAAACUAACAAAUGAAAUGAAAAUUUUUAAAAAUGCUGAAGAUGAGUGGUGGAUGUGGAACUACUUCAAGGGUAGAAAUUAUGACCCAAUUGACUUCGAGAAGUUUGCUUCUUAUUCUACAUGGGUAUUAGAGGAUGAGCCAUCGGCCCUAUCAAAUGAAGAAUUGCGAACAUUUAGACGGGAUUUGCAAAUGUGCAUUCAAGAAAAUGGAAAUGAUGAUUCGUUGGAUUUGAAUUUGGAAGAUCUUGAUAUGGAUGAUGGGGCCGAAGAUAAUAUUGAUGGAGGGAAUGUCAAUGACCAAGUCCAAGAUAAUACAUUGUUUGAAGCUCCUGAAGCACCACAUGAUGUUGCAGUUGAAGACAAUAUCUGUGGAAAUUAUGGUGGAGAUUGGACUGAUUAG